AUGUCGGUCGACUCAGUGACCCCAAUUACAUUUGGACUCAUUUCUGCUGAGAAAGAUAUGGGAUCUGACUUUUCAUCUGAACUAAAUGGAUUUCGCUCUCUUCCCACUCUUUGUGCUUUGAUUUCUGCCAGCAUAGCUUCAGCAGCCACUCAGCCUGCAGAUGUUGUCCGACUCCAUCGUCAGCUCCUGUUCGCCUCUUCUCCUUCCAGUUGUAUCAUAAACUCAGACCGAUCUAUUCGCUUAUCUUGGUACUCUUUAAUGUGGAACAUAUUGCGUACUGAUGGACCUUUUGGCCUUUGGAGAGGGCUGAGUCUUCGGCUUAUUCGUAGAGUCGGAAUGGCCAGUGUCUCGUGGACUUUGUUCGAAGCCAUUUGA